AUCCUUGGGACCUCUCAUAUUCCAAUCGUCCGCGAACACAAUUGACUCAAACUGCUCAUCAUGACGAACAGAAUGUCUCCGAGACUGAUGCAAGCGAGCUCGAACUCUGGACUUCUCACUUCUCCGCCGAGGUUCUGCGCGCACUGCACCUAGCGCAUUGCCCGAUCGUUGAGUUUCGACUUCCUCGCACGAUCAGAAGUUAGUAUAGCAAAGCGUGCGGCCAACAAUCAUGCUACUUGUGGCCUGUAUCUUUGCCUGUCUUCCCCUCGUCAGAUCCGACAACGCCGAUCCUGACCCAACGCCAGCCGAGAUCUACAUGGAGGGCAAAAGGCCAGUCACGCUUCGUUUACGGCAGAAGAAAGACUUGACGCGAGUUUUACCCUUUGUCUAAGUACUUCACUCAUAACGUCCUUUAUUAUGCUACGAUUGUCAAUGUUACUACCAACAUUAUGGAUGCUCAAGCUCCUAAUCUUUUGUCGCUGGCAUCGUGCUCGGCAUUGCCUGCCAGAAGCCUGUCUUCCUUGCAAAGGGCGGAUAUGUCACUUGCGUCAUCGAAGGCGACACAGGCUUGUCCACCCGUUGUGCUCACCAUAACCUCUCAGACUGUCUGCCUGUCAGCCAAUGAGCCUGACAAGACGGCAGCGGAGAUCUACAUGGAAGGCCACUGGUACUUUACGCACAGCGUGAUCGGCUAUGGCUCGGAUUCCCUCGGGUGGCACUUCUUCCAAUGUAUGUGCUACAAACAACAUUACGCAUGCUCUAGCUCUGUGCCCUUUGUGGCUGGCAUCAUGCUCGACAUCACCAAUCAGAAGCCUAUCCUGCUUGCCAAUGGUGGCUAUGUCACUUGCGUCCUCGAAGGCGACACAGGCCUGUCUGCAGACUGUCCCGCGACAGACGAGUUCGAGAUGCUCUACAAGUCUAUCCUGGUCGCUCUCGCUGCAGCCCAGCUGGCUAUGAGUUGCACUCCCAAGUCGGCAGACCUUACCACGCUUCCCCAGUAA